AUGGAGGAAAAGACAGCAGGAUCUUGGAGAAUCAAGAUGGGUGUUGGAUGGUGGCUGGCCAUGUCAUGCCUCUGUCUGGUGGUGACGCCAUCUUGUGUGAGUGGUAGAGACCAGAGCGGUGGCUACCGCCUAGACCCAGGCCUGACACUCACACAGGGGUAUUAUGCCAACAACACCUACAUCGUGAAUAUUACUCAUGAUGACGUUAGCCAAGAGCAUGAUGGGUCGUUGUCGUGGCAACGCUAUGACAAGAUCCGUCUGGAGGCCUGUGUGGUGAGGACAGGCUGCAGGUCAGCUGUCGGCACCUUCACGGAACUGACCUCCAGCUCCCUGACCACUUGCCAAAAACUCAGCAGAACAGGGGAAUCCACUCUGAAAGGGGAGGGUUGUAUUGUGUCCCUCCCUCUGACCGUCACAUGGAAGGCUCCAAAGGAGGAUGUCGGACGAAUCAAGUUUGUGGCCAUGAUCUCACCAAAGGAAAUAAGAAAGUUUAAAUCCUUUGAAGUUACAUCUGAAACUGUGGAUCCUCUGCCCCUGUCUGAGAAGAACAAGAUCCCUCCUCAGCUGAUGAACGACCACGCCUACUUUGUAACAGUACCUGUGAAUCAGUCUGUUGCACUGGGUGAACCAGCCACGUUCCACUGUGAGGCCACAGCUAACACUGCCAUCACCAUCACAUGGACCUUCCACGACUACAGGGACAUCCCCCUGCCGUAUAACUCCAGACACAGGCUGGACGUGGUCACCAGGGACCUGACCAUACUGUCUGUGGAGGAGGGUGAUCUGGGCAGGUACACCUGUCAGGUCAACAACAAACACCAACAACAUGCAUGGCUCAACAAGUAUGUGAAGCCCAGGAUCACCCACUAUGUGCCAGACAUGAACAUCAGGAAAAGAGAGAGUGCCAUGCUGGAGUGCCAGGCAGUGGGAAAACCCCCACCAACAUUCACAUGGCUGUUCAAAGGAAAGGAUGUGCAACGCCUAGAAUCCGGGUACAAGGUGUUUGAUAAUGGAACUCUGAAGGUCCACGCCAUCCAGGACCGGUAUGACGGGGCGUUCACAUGCGUGGCACAAAACCUUCUGGGUGAAGACAGGACAGACAUCCAUCUGGAAGUCUUGUACCCUCCAGAGAUGGACCAGGAUAUCCCAGAGACCCGGACAGUGUUGACAGGCGGGGAGGUACGUCUGGAGUGCAAGGCUAGAGGGAACCCACCUCCGGAGUAUGCAUGGUCUGCCCCCAACAACAGUGCGAUGAUGAGUGACAGUGGUCAGAUGUACAUACCUGCAGUCCAGCUGUCAGAUGCUGGACAGUACAGGUGUGAGGCAGGCAACGGUCUGGGAAAAGAUGAAACCACUGUGGAGUUGGUUGUACAUGAUUCAAGCUCUAAAGAGAUGGUUACGAAACAGGUUUCAUUCACUGGCAAGGCAUCCAUAUAG